CGAUGACACCGCGACGGGCCCUGGCCAGGCAUGGUCGUGGUGCGUGGGUGCCUCCUGCUGCCCUGCGCCCGCGCGGCCGUUCUGGCCCGAGCAUUCGCGCAGCCCGCGACACCUGCCGGCGGCGCGCGCUCCCGGAUGGCCGCGCGCCCCGCCUGAGCUCCGCCGCGCGGCCCCUUCGCCGCCGAGUGCGCUCCGGGAGGCUUUCUGCGCAGGCCCUCGCUCGGAUGGCCGAGGAGGCCGCGCUCGAGGAGUUCAACUCCAUCGGCAUGAUGGUCGCCGCGGCUGGGGUUGCGGCCCUGGUCCUGCUGCUCCUGAUGUUCCUCUGCCUUCGGCAGCUGAGGAGGCGCCACGUCAGGCGCGCCGCCAAGGUCGGGCUUUUCCUUGACCGCCUCGAGGCCAUUCAGGGCGAGCUGCUCCGCGAGAGGCUCGAGGAGGGCCCCACCUUCUCGAAGGAUUACACCGUCAAGCAGGACGUGGGCACCCUGGGCCGAGCCUCCAGGCUCGUGCACAACAGGAGCGAUCAGAGCGGCGACACCAGCGGCCAGGGGAGCCCGAGGAGCCUGAGCCUGCGGAGCGGGCGCAGCCGCCCGCGCAGGGGCAACACCCGGGACAGCAUGUCCUCCGACCCCAGCCGGCUGGCCAAGGAGGACGCGCUCGACCUGAAGGAGAACGUGUGGCGCUGGAAGGUCGACCCCGGGGGCAGCCUGACCACCACCGACGAGUGCACGUCCUGGGCCGUGAAGGUGCUGAUCUGCCUGAGCCUCGACCCGCCGGCGCGCCCGCCCGACGGCGACAGGCACGCCCCGCGGCCCGGCUCGCCCGCGCCCCCGUCGGCGUGCCCGCCCCCGGGCAGAGGCGGGCACGCAGGCACGCCGCAGGACACGGCCGCAGUCGGAGGCGGCGGCAUGUUGCCGUCCGUGCUGCCGUUCAUGUCGAGGCCGUCCCCGUCGCCGGAGAUGCUCAGGAGCGACAGGGAGCACUGCGAGAGGGCCGUGUCCAGCACUCUCCUGAGGUUUUGCCGGGAUCGCAUGUUCGACCCGGAAGCCGUCCGGUGUUGCAUUGUCGCCGACCACGUUCGAGCACCUGGUGUCGUCAGGAGUGACACGCCAGUGCUGGAGUUCGGCCGGAACGACCAUCUCAUAGUUGCUGACAUAGUUCCGAUCUUGUGCGACGCAGCCGAUUAUUGCAUCUUGGUGAUAGAAGAUCCCUGCACGCUACAAACCAUCCAGCCGAAGAUGACUAGGUCAAACAGCGGGAGGCUGCUUCCGAAGGAUGCAGACAGCACCGAGUAUCUUGUCCGCAAGGCGCCAUCGCUUGCAGAUGGGCGACUGGAAGAAUGGCUUGUCGGCCGUGCGUCAUCAGACGUGGCUUUCGGACCUGCGAUUUACCUCGCCGGCUUAGCAGCGCUGUCACUCAAAUCGGAGAGGCAGUCGUACGUCCAGUACGGAGUAGACGACCACGAACGUGACAUCCCGCUUCACGGCAUUGUGCCUUACAGUCAGUUGUUCGAGAAGAGCAAUGCGGCGCUGGAGCUGGACUCCGAGGUCGCCGGCCUCGAGCUGCGCGGGGGCCUCCUGUGCCUGUGGGCGAUGAACGUCAGCCACGGGUCCUUCGGCUUCGUCCGCGACGCGGCACCGCUCAUGGCGGAGCUGGGGAGGAGAAGCCACCGGUGGUCCUGCCUGGCGUGCAAGCGGCGGGCUGGGUUCUCCAGCUCCAUGAGCACGGAUAUUCUGGAGUACUUCCAGUCGUUUCGGGAGCGUGAGCCGAUCAGUGCUCACAACCAGGUGAGGAGAUCAAUGAACAUGAGGAGCAUGGCUUGGUCCAAGUCCAAGAAUCUCACCGAGGUCGAAGAUAUGGCAAAGAGGCGCCUCGGUAAUACUUCGGCCCGCGCGCAAAGCAUGCAUGACCUGCAGGCGUCCCUGACGCGCAGGGCAAUGAUAUCGCGAUACUUGCGCCUCUACCUGAGAAAUAAGGGCGCCGAUGAUGUUCAGCUGUCGGUCGCUUCACUUUGCGAUGCCAGCAUGCGCUUUGUUGUCCCGUCCAGCCAUCCCAUGGCCUUGCAGCUGCACUGCGUUACGCAGGAUGUCGACUACAUGCUCGACAGGGACGCACGCGGCAUCCUUGAGCAAGUCCAGAAGUACAUGACGCUCGAAGAACUUGCAGAUCGCAUCAAAGGAUUCCUUGUCGCCUACUUGCGCAGGAUGAACGGCUCUAGUGACAAGAACCUCGCCCACAAGGAGCAGCUCGCCGCUUUCGAGCUGUACACGGCCGCUGCAGAAGGGCAGGGUUACCUCGUCGACGUUGUCAGGGAUUUCCUCUGCAACAAAGCCGAGAUGCGGGGCUAUCAAAAGGUGACGAAGGCCCUGGCGGACCCCCUGCCGGAAAGCAACGAUGAGAUGAAGGAGGUACUUUCCGUGGAGUCCAACCAGUCGCCAGAAGAGUGCACGUACGCCCCGCUGUUCGUCCACUUCGUGGGGGCCACGCAGCUUCCUCGAGUACACAUGUCUUGGCAAGCCUCGAACACAGACGAGCUGCGCGACGCCUUGCCGGCAGCGUACUGCACGCUGGGGGUCGAGGGUUCCGACACAGUGCUCCUUCAAACCUGUGUCGCAACGCAGGGCGUCAAUCCUGAGUGGAAAGAAAGGCUGGAGUUGCAACACUACCCUAAAGGCGGGACGCUCGUGUUCAACGUUUGGCACCAUGACCCGGACUCGCGGGAUAGUUUCCUGGGCAGGGCGUUGCUGCCCUAUUCGAAGUUCGAGAAGCAGGAGUUCGUGGGCGAGAUCAUCCUUGGCAACGGUGGUAGCCAGGUGAGGAGGCACUCCGUCACGUCAGAGCAUCUGCAGGCGGGCUCCCUGGUCCUGCGGGUGUCGAUGACGGCCCCGAGCAGGGCUCCCGUCCCCCGCAGAAUCACCGCCGCACGCUACCUCUCGGGAGCCUCGGGCGGCGGUACCCCGACGAAGGGGGGCAUCCUGCAGACCGCCUGCACCGCCUCGACCCUUUCCAGUGGAGACCUUCGCUCCAGUGAGAAGCCCUCGAAGAUCAGCCUGAAGCCGUCGCAGUCCGCGGCCGGCAGGGACUGGACGCUCGCGGAUCGGCUGCUGACGGUCACCGAGGUGCACCAGAAGCUGGAGCGCGUGAUGAUUGAGCUCGUGGCGGAGGCGAAGGAGGAGGCAGAGCAGCAGGGAGUUGUCGGUGCGGCCCAGGUCGACCAGUCGCUGCACCGCAACCGAUUUUGGGAUCUGGUCGAGGGAAGCACUUUCAGAACCCUGGAGCGGCAGCUAUGGAAUCAGAACGGCAACGACCACGGCGACCUCGCGAAGUCAGACAGGGCGGACAUGGCUGACAAGGUGGACAGGGAGAUGCAGUCGACAGAGGGAGACCCUUUCUUCUUGGACCAUUUCGAGGGGUCAACGACCAGGGCCAUGGCCCAGACGAGAGUCAUGUGUGAUAGUUUUUGGAUCAUGCACCUGGUGAUGCUGCGGCUUGAGAAGACCAGACGCCUGGUGGUCCUAUCGCGGCACAGCAAUCUGAAGUCGCGGCGGAAGGCGCCCGCGGUGGUGUACACCGUCCGGCUGAAGGACGGUCACAGGUUGCCUCCGCCGAACAGUUCGAACAGCUUCAUCCUCGACGACAUGGGCAUGAGUCAAGGCUUGGCAUCAGGAUCACGAGGCCAGAGGCAGUUGCAGGGCGGCAGCGCCGAGGGCAGUCUUCUGGAGGUCAUCCUGGUUCACAAGAAGAUUGCGGCGGUCGGUCAAGAGAACCGGAGCGCGGUCAAGCAGAUGAUUUCGGAGAUCCGAACCAUCAACUCGAUAUGUCGCACCCUGCGCCUGGGCGAUCCAGAUCUGCACCCCGCCAUGUGGUGCCUCUCACUGCGACAACUGCAGGGCUUCGCUCGGGAGGUGGAGGAGGAGCUGGGCACCGAGGUCUACAGAGCCGCUUCGUGCGCCGAGAUCGUGCAGAAGGCAAUCAUCAGGAAGACUUCCGCGGCUCGCACAUCGUACGCCCGCAUGGUCAAUUGGCAGAGCCUGAGGCAGAUAGACGUGUUCGUGUCGCACUGUUGGGGGGAGAACUUCAGUGUUUUCGUGGACUCUGUGGUUGCAGCCCUGGAGACACGGAUCCAGGCCCACGAAGUGAAUUUGUGGAUCUGUUGUUUUGCGCUGCUCCAGAACCCCCACUACGAGGUGGUGAAGAAACAGGUAGGGACCGACCUCAUGGACGCCCCCUUCGAGAAAGCCCUCCGCUUCGCCCGCGAGUUCCUCGUGGUUCGGAACGCGGAGUGCGACAUGUACACCCGCGCGUGGUGCGUCUUCGAGAUCUUCCGGGCACGCCAGCUGGGUCUGAAGAUCACCGUGACCGGCCCCGACAAGUUCACCAAAGAGAACGUCGACAUCCUGAGCUGCAGGGCCACCGACGCGGACGACGAGGCGAUGAUCAAGGGCGCCAUCGUGGACGCGAACGAGGUGGACGAGCUGAACCAGGUCGUCUCGGAGAUCAAGGCCAUGGGCGGCAGGCUGGAGCCCACGAGCAGCACCAGCAGCUACCCCGUGGUGAGGAUAUGACCCGCGCGGCGGCCGAUGGCCCCGCUGCCCGCCGCGGCCCGUCGGGACGGGGCGCCGCGCGGCCGCGAGGCGCCCUGCCGCGCGCGGCGGCGCAGAGGCCGGCCGCGCAGAGCCGCCCCCCCCCCCGGCGGGGCGUCGGGUGGCCGGGCCCGCGCGAGGCCGCGCACGGCGCCCGCGCGGCCUCGCGGCCCGUGAGGAGGGCAGGGCGAGGCGGGGGGGCUCCUUCGAGGAGGGUAUCCUGUCCCUCCUCCUCGCCCUCCCUCGAGGGUUCCUCCUCCUCCUCUCCCUCCUCUGCCUCCUCCCGCCCAGGGGAGGACGCCCUCCGACUCCGGUGCCGACGCCGAUCCGGUUCGGCCUCGAGCUUUCCGAUGCGGGCUUCGGUGCGCCUCUUCUUCUCUGCAGCGCCUCUCAGCGCCGCGCACAUGCGUCUUCAAAAUGAGCGGGAGCUAAGAAGUGACCUGCACCUGGCGUGUGGGCGCUCAAUGUGACUCCUUGCGUACGUUGCACCUGCAUGCCCCUCUGGGAAGGGCUCGAUGGACGGGGCACUAAGAUGUCCAGGCGAUAUCGCCAAUUCGUCCCAGCUUUCCCAGAAGAAUGGAGGAGCGAGCAGGGCCGAUGUGUGCAUUAGGCAUGCUUAGGUCUCUUCCAUCCCGUUCUUCUCCCAUGCCAAGCUCCAUGCAAUGAACUGCUGAGUUCAUCCAGGAUUUGUGCGUGUACCUUCACCAACAUGAACAGCGCUGAUGCUUGCGAAGCCGAGCUCAGAUCGCUCAUACUUUUUCCUCGUCUGGCACAUAUCACCAGUCAAGACUAGAGUGUUUGCCAAUUACUUCACGUUGCUCCCUUUCAGACUCUGCGGUUCAGCUUGCACUCUCGCCUUUCACAUUUUUCAUUCCCUCUCUCCUGCUCAGCUUCGGCCCCUCCCUGAGCUCAACGCACGCCUGAUUUCGGUGGGCGCCGGAGCGGGAUCUCGUGGUCCUCGCACCCCGCAGGUCGAGGGGGACCUCGCGGUCGCGGGAGGGGCGACAGCACCCUUUUCCCCGGUGCUUCGCUGGCGUCAUCUGGUGCUUGGGGGGGUAUGGUUGGGGCUGCGGUUGUCCGUUGUAUGCGCAUCCUCGCUCUUGCUCAGCGGCGCGAGGACUGACACUGGUUCAUUUGAUGUUUCACCCUGACUUGCUGCAUCGCCGACCGCCACGUGGGUGGUCAGCGGAGGACGGCGGAUUGCUGCUUUGGCGAGAACGAAACAUGCGGUCGAGGGAGAGGCACGAUCUGCCUUGUGCCUGCCGGCUCGCGAUGCCUGGGUCGCCCACGGGGGCGCGAAGAUGACCGCGGUUCGUGCUCGGCGUUCUGGACCGGAGAG